AUGAGGCACCUAGGACCGGGCUCGUCCUUUACCAGAUUUGCCACAAAUUGUGAUGUGGUCAUUUGUGUGAAAUGUGAAGGUAAAUCCAAACAUGCAUACUGCCUAUUUUCAGGUGGUGUGAAUUCUGGAUUUGGAAGGAUACAUAGACAAGAUUUCAUGGAAGAUUAUGAGAUAACUGUGCCUUUUCAAUCCCUUCAAGCUCUAGGAUGCCAUGUUGAUGGAGUUUGCCCCAAGAAAAAAGUUGGUGAUAUCUGCACAACUGCUGUCCAUGAUUUUGAAGGUGAUCAAACCUACAGUGAGAAGCAAGGCCACAAUUUCACUUUAACAACUGAUUUUGAUACUAUUGAUGUCUCAAGUUACAAUGCUCUUGUAAUCCCUGGAGGUCGAGCUCCAAAAUAUAAUGAGAAAGUUAUUGAAAUAGUGAAGCAAAUCAUGGAAGCUGGGAAACCAGUUGCAUCCAUCUGCCAUGCCAUGGGCAGCAGAUUUUAG